AUGCGCCGCGCGGGGCCGGGCUGCGGGGCGCUCGGGCUGGCGCUGGCGCUGGGGCUGGCGCUGUGCGGGGCCCCGCGGGCGCGCCCCCGGAACGUGCUGCUGCUCCUCGCGGACGACGGGGGCUUCGAGAGCGGUGUCUACAACAACAGCGCCAUCGCCACCCCUCACCUGGAUGCCUUGGCGCGCCGCAGCCUGACCUUCCGCCACGCCUUCACCUCUGUCAGCAGCUGCUCGCCCAGCCGGGCCAGCCUCCUCACCGGCCUGCCCCAGCACCAGAAUGGGAUGUACGGGCUGCACCAGGGCGAGCACCACUUCAACUCCUUUGACCGGGUGCAGAGCCUGCCGCUGCUGCUGCGCCAGGCCGGCGUGCGCACAGGCAUCAUCGGGAAGAAGCAUGUGGGGCCCGAGGCCGUGUACCCCUUCGACUUCGCCUACACGGAGGAGAACGGCUCGGUCCUGCAGGUCGGGCGGAACAUCACCAGGAUCAAGCUGCUGGUCCGGAAGUUUCUGCAGACCCAGGACGCCAGGCCCUUUUUCCUCUACGUGGCCUUCCACGACCCCCAUCGCUGUGGGCACUCGCAGCCCCAGUACGGGCCCUUCUGCGAGAAGUUCGGCAACGGGCAGAGUGGCAUGGGGCACAUCCCAGACUGGACGCCCCAGACCUACGACCCGCAGGACGUCCUGGUGCCUUACUUCGUCCCUGAUACCCCGGCUGCCCGGGCCGACCUCGCUGCCCAGUACACCACCAUCGGCCGCAUGGACCAAGGCAUCGGACUCGUGCUGCAGGAGCUGCGAGGGGCGGGUGUCCUGAACGACACCCUGGUCAUCUUCACGUCCGACAAUGGGGUGCCCUUCCCCAGCGGCAGGACCAACCUAUACUGGCCGGGCACCGCGGAGCCCUUGCUGGUGUCGUCCCCAGAGCACCGGAAGCGCUGGGGCCAGGUCAGCGAGGCCUACGUGAGCCUCCUGGAUCUCACGCCCACCAUCCUGGACUGGUUCUCCAUCCCCUACCCCAGCUACACCAUCUUUGGCACGAAGCCCGUGCGCCUGACCGGCCGGUCGCUGCUGCCAGCGCUGGAGGCGGAGCCGCCCUGGAGCACCGUCUUCGGCAGCCAGAGCCUGCACGAGGUCACCAUGGCCUACCCCAUGCGCUCCGUGCAGCGGCGGGGCCUGCGGCUCGUGCACAACCUGCUCUUCCAGGCGCCCUUCCCCAUCGACCAGGACCUGUACGUCUCGCCCACCUUCCAGGACCUGCUGAACCGCACUGCGGCCGGCCGGCCCACCGGCUGGUACAAGACCCUCGGCCGCUACUACUACCGGGCGCGCUGGGAGCUGUACGACCACGCCUGCGACCCCCACGAGACCCAGAACCUGGCGGCCGACCCGCGCUACGCCCAGGCGCUGGCGCUGCUGCGGGACCAGCUGGCCAAGUGGCAGUGGGACACACAGGACCCCUGGGUGUGCGCGCCCGGCGGGGUGCUAGAGGACAGGCCCACCCCGCAGUGCCGGCCGCUGCACAACGGGCUGUGAGCCGCCCGCCCCUGCCCGGGCCAGCCCGUGUCCGAGCCGGCUCCUGGCACAGGAUCCAGGGUCCCCGGCCGCAGCAGCGUCCCCCGCCCGCUACAGCCACCUGCCUGGGCUCGGGGACACGCAGGUGGAAGAGCUGGAACUCUUCGUACUUUGCACCCACACACCCCAGGUCUCGGGGCCUGCACACCUGAGGACUGUGGCUGCUCCCUCGGCUGCAUCCAGUCAGGUCCUUGCCCCAGGUCGGGUUCCCCUGACCCAUGAGUCAGCAGCCCCCACUGAGGACCCCCGCCGUGGUCUCCAUGGGGGAGCGCACCUCCAUUGCGACUUUCCAAGGGGGACGGCAGCCACCCCCAGGCGUGCGGGGUGGGGGGGGAAGGGAGCGCAGGCCAGGGUGCCGCGAGAGCCUUUUAUCUCAGUAAAACACAAGGCCGUUCUCUGGCCUCCUAGUGAAGUCGCUCACCCGAAUUGUUGAG